GUGGAACACUGGCCCAUGCAAGAGCAAAUACACAUGUGAAUUAUGAUUUUAUCAGCUGUUGUUUUAUGUUUAUUUACUUUAUGUUUUAUAUAAAGCGUUAACUUUUUGUUAGUUUUGUUUUAUAAGUUUCUAACUGGUACGCAAUUAUGUCUUUUCAAGGCGUUAUGGACGGAGUAUAUUCGUUUUAGAAUUAUUUUUAGUCAACUGGACUCAUUUCACUCCCGGUUUUGUGCACCAAGUCACUUGAGGUUGUAAGCGUCGCCCUUCGUUUAUUGCUUCAGGGUUGGACUUUAUUUCUUUAUGGGGAAAAUGAUGUCUGUUGAGAGGUGAGUGGUCUUGCUCAGGAUAUCCGGCCAGUGUCCGUCUCGAGUCCUCUGUCAUGACCCUAGAGAGUGUGGCGGUAACGGAGAGCUCCUCCGCCCGGGGAUUCUGCUCCUGCUGCGGGGCAAAAAUCAUGCCGUACUUCUCUGACAACGCCGUCGCCUCUCAAAACCAGAUCAACCAGCUUAUCAGCGAGAACUUUCUUACUGUCAAAGGCGCCGCCCUCUUCCUCCCACAGGGAAAUGGCUCCUCCCCUUCUGCUGUACCCCGCAUCAUACAGCGGCAGGACAAACACACAGGUGACCUUCAGCAACAUUUGCAGACCAUGUUCACUUUGCUACGCCCUGAGGACACCAUUCGCCUGGCUGUUCGGUUGGAGAGCGCGUACCCACAGCGUACGCGCUACAUGGUGAUCGUGUCCACCAAUGGUAGACAGGACACAGAGGAAAGUGUGGUGUUGGGAAUGGACUUCAGCAAUUCAGACCGGUCAGCAUUCACUUGCACAGUUGGGCUGGUCUUACCCUUGUGGAGCGAUACACUUAUACACUUGGAUGGAGACGGGGGCUUCAGUGUGUCCACUGUUAACAGUGUCCAUGUUUUCAAGCCAGUUUCAGUCCAGGCCAUGUGGUCUGCCUUGCAGUCAUUGCAUAAAGUUUGUGAUGUGGCCCGAUGUCAUAACUACUACCCCGGCAGUCUCUUCCUGACCUGGGUCAGUUACUAUCAGAGCCGUGUGACCUCUGAUCAACACUGCAUCAAUGAGUGGAACGCCAUGCAAGAUGUGCAGUCGCACCGCGCAGACUCCCCUGUGCUCUUUACCAAUGUGCCAACAGAGAGGGAGCGCACCGAGAGAUUAAUUAAGACCCGGCUGAGAGAGAUCAUGAUGCAGAAGGACCUGGAGAAUGUCACAUCAAAAGAGAUUCGCACAGAGCUGGAGAUGCAGAUGGCCUGUAACCUGCGGGAGUUCAAGGAGUUUAUUGAUAAUGAAAUGAUCAUCAUCCUGGGCCAGAUGGACAGUCCCACCGUGAUCUUUGACCAUGUCUACCUGGGUUCUGAGUGGAAUGCCUCCAACCUUGAGGAGCUCCAGAACAGUGGUGUUCGCUACAUCCUGAAUGUGACACGUGAGAUUGAUAAUUUCUUCCCUGGGAUUUUUGAGUACCACAACAUCAGAGUGUAUGACGAGGAGGCCACAAACCUUUUGGAGUACUGGAAUGACACCUACAAGUUCAUUUCCAAAGCCAAAAAAGCUGGGGUGAAGUGUCUAGUGCACUGUAAGAUGGGAGUGAGUCGUUCUGCCUCCACUGUAAUUGCUUAUGCUAUGAAGGAGUACGGCUGGGACUUAGAAAGAGCCUUCGACCAUGUGAAAGAACGUCGCUCAGUCACCAAACCCAAUCCCUCCUUCAUGAAGCAACUGGAAGAAUACCAGGGUAUCCUACUAGCCAGCAAACAGAGGCAUAACAAGUUGUGGCGAUCCCACUCAGACAGCGAUUUGUCAGACUUUCAUGAGCCACUCUGCAAAGCACCCCGUUCGCUGGACCGCUCUGACCCUUACAACAACAAUGAUCCUCCCUCCAUCCAGCAAAUGCUGGGCAUGGCUGUAUUAGAAACACUUAGCGAUACACAACCCAUUGUGGGCAACACUCACCUCAAAUCCCCUUCUCACACCACCUCCGAUGAUUCGUCCAAGGAUAAUCAUCUGGUCUCUGAGCUGGCAUGCGAGGACCCCUUUCUCCUGCCUCUUCCCAGGCAGCGGGCGGCAACAGUGGUGCCUGAGCAGAAUAUUGCAAAGAACUCUCGUAUGAAAGUAGCAGUGACCAGGCCUGUCGCUCUUCCUCACCCUCCUCCCUCUUUUCACAUCCUCGCUCCUUCUCCUUCACUGGAUGAGAGCGAAGGGGAUACAACUCCAGAACUUGGCGCCCAGUCAUCUCAUGUGCUUGAGCCAAAAACGGACUCUGUUGAGCUGUCGCUAGACACACCUUAUCAACAUGACUCUUAUCAAGUGUCGAAGUCCACUAUGUUGCAAAGCCUAGAACUGAGUCUGGAUGCUGUCAGCAAAGAUGAAGGGAAUCUUCACUCUCCGAGCAAGCCUGAGGCUGAUGGCCCCUCAGUGGCCCCUGUUGUGCUUGAAUUUGGCUCCAGUGAUGAUAACAACAACCAUGCUGAUAUAGGAGUAACAGAUGUGUCCCGUUUCAGCACAGAUAGCAUCGACUUCUUUAGUGCCAGAGAGAAGUUCCUGUGUUUGUCCCAGGACAGUCAGCCCCACUUGUUUUCUGAAGCGGCCCCUGUGUGUGUAUCUCACUCCAGAUGCACCCCACCCUUGGAGGACCACAGUGAGGGAGCUGAUGAGUGUCACGCCCACUCAGAGACCAGUAGCGAUUCAGAGCUCCACCACCCUCACCAUGACAACAGUGUGUCUGUGCGUCAUAUAGUUACUGAACUGGAAUCCAUAUCACACACCUGCAGUCCGCCACUGGCACACACCUUGCAUCAAACUGCAACACUGGAGGAGGUAGAAGAGGAAACUUCUUCAGCUUCUCAUUCUCCCUCCGACAGGCCCUCAGGUUCUGUGCGCCGGGCCACUGAGCAACUGGAACUUCUCCUUCGUCAGAGUAAAGAGGUCCCUUCCUCUCGCUCUCCUCUUCGAUCCCCUUGUUCAGACUGUCCUCAGUCAUACUCCAGUCAGCCAGAGGGCACUGUGGGUCCAGCUUGCCCUGAGCCCAUAAAGAAUGCAGAUGGAAACGGAGAUGUCACUAAAGUUCUUGAUGAUGAGGAUUCAGGGAUAAUCCCUGAUCCAUCCUUCUCUGUGAAUCUAGAAGGGAGUGUUUCUGUAGAGGCCGACCAGAUAACUUCGAACCCCACUCUGGAGCACAGCUCAGCUUCUUCAUCUCUGCUGUGGCUGGAGGGUGUGACCGAGCUUGAAACGGACGUUGAUGACCCAUUAAGGUCCCAGGGUCGGCUUGCACGUAGCAGUGAGGACUUGCAGAAGAUCCAGGAGACUCUCAGAGAGCUCCAGGCAUUUUUAUAUGAGGCUGGAGGACUUGGGCAGGGUGAGGAGAACCAGUUGCCCCAGAGCCAGUGGGAUUCAACUGAAGGUGAGCAACGCUUAGAAUCCAAAGCGCAUGUGGCAUGGCAGAGAGCCAUGGAAAUUGAGGCCCGCAUCAGACAGGCUGGCCUCACCCCUCCUUCGCUCAUGAAACGCUCUGCGUCCCUUGCUAAAUUGGACCGGCUAGAGCUAUCUACUCAUGACCUGAGUGACUGGGACUUCCACCCUGCCACCACAGGCCUUUAUCAUCCCUCCUCUUUGUCCUUAUCCACCUUUCACUCCCUUCCACUCACCCACAGCCAUGACGAUGCCCACAAGAAGCAGCGGGUUCUACCUCAAAGCCCUUCCUCCCCUGAGCCCGCCCUUGAAUUGAAGGAGGGUAGCAGGACUGAAGGCUCAGCCCACCUUUUGCCCUCAUGUUCACAGCAAUUGGGGGGGACUGGGCCCCAUGAACAGACCCCCAUCCAACCCACCAUUUCUGUGUCCACGCGACAACAGCAACAGCAUGUAAAGUCUCACCCCGUUCGCCGUUUCCGCAAAGCAAUGGACAAGAAAAAGACUGUCACUGUUUUGUACAACACCAUGUGACGAUUACUGAAUUUUUACAUGCCACAUUUCUUGGCGUGAAGAACUGUCUCAGACUGCAAGCAAUUAAAAUUUUGUUCAAUGAUGUCCAAGCUAAAGUUGAUGAUGUAUGCUACUGUAUGUGUGAAUGAGGGCAUGUGUGAUCGAGUGUCUAUUUGUGUUCAGAGUCUGUCAAGUAGCAACUUAAAACAAGGGGGUUGUUUCCUAAAACAUGCACUUUACUCUCUUGUUUUUCUUUAUUAUGGUUGUUUUAUUUAUUUUUUUUAGACAGCAUUUUUAUUUCAAUAUUUUUGCACUGGCUUGAAUGGUACAGUUGACUGUAUGUCUGACAGCAUGUGAAGUCAUGAUUCUGUUUGAAACCAAGGUAAACUUGAUAUAAACCAUUUUAUCCUGUGCUUUAGCUGUGUUUAUAAAGUAAUAAA